AUGGAGAACAUCCUGGCUGGUCUGUGUGGGACCAGCCCAGAAGAUCCACUCCCUGUGUGGGUUCAUGGCAGCGUUGGCCAUUGCUUUAAUCAGCUGGCAUUAAACGUGAUUCCUCAUGUGAUCCUUGCAGCAGUCAGUGCCUGCUUCCUUGGCACUCCAAGAUCUGGCUCCAGGGUGCCUUGCAGGCCAGCUUGGGGAUGCAGAAUCGCAGCCUCCUUCAUACUGGCUGGGCUUCAAGAGCUGGGCCCUGUGUACCUGGAAGUGCUGGCAAAUGGCACUGCCACCCUGACGUGGCUCACGCACGGCCUCGCUCUCCUCAUGCUCUUCAGGUCUAUUCACGGCUCUACCAAGGGCCCCGUGGCCCUGGCUGUCCUUCCUCUCUUACCCCUACCUUCCUUCAUCAUCACACUGCUGUGGUACUGCCAAAGCGGGACAGCUUGGUCCCUUGCCCGCCCUGCUGCUGCCUCCAGGUUUGCCAUUCUCUGUCUGCAGCUGGCCUCUCUGCUUGUCUAUGUGAUCAGCUACCUCUUCCCCAGUGCUGGCAGGCAAGAAUUCCUCUCCAUCAAUCGCUCCUGGCAACAAGACCAGCUCAUCUCAGAGCCAGACAUCCCCGUGCCUGCUCAGCAGAGAGUGGCAGAAGAUGGUGAGAGCUGGCUCUCACACUUCUUUUACGUUUGGAUGAACCCUCUUAUGGAACGUGGCUAUCAGUGGAAGCUGAACCAGCCGCAGGAUGUCUAUGUGCUUCCUCGCCAGCUCCAGGCUGCCAGGAUCUGUGAUCGGUUCUACUCCUGUUGGCAGAAGAAGGCAGCUCUGCAGCAAGUAGAGGAAGAAACAGUGUCUCUUACUAGCCCGAUGGUUGCUGGAGGCGACGGGGGCAGCGGUGCCCUGGCGAGCUCGCGCAGAACCCAGGGGUCCGCGAGGCUCUUCUCAGUCCUUCACGCCGCGUUUGGGCUUCGCUUCUACUCCCUCGGACUUCUCAAGCUGGCUGGCAGCCUGCUGGAUUUCUCUGGUCCUCUUCUUCUGAACAUGCUGGUGAACUUCAUGGAGUCACGGCAGGAGCCCCUGAGCCAUGGGGUGCUCUAUGCCCUGGGGCUCUUUGCCGGCUCCUUCCUGGGCGCUCUGCUGCGGAACCAGUUCAGAUACCAAGUGGAGAAGGUGAUGCUGAUGGUGCGGGCCGCCGUCAUCUCCGCCAUCUACCGCAAGGCCCUGCGCGUUGGCAGCACCGGCCUCGCCCGCUUCACCCUGGGGGAAAUCGUCAACUUCAUGAGCACCGACACCAGUAGGUUGGUCAACUUCUGCCCCAGCUUCCACGAGGUGUGGAGUCUGCCUUUCCAGUUUGCCAUUACCCUCUACCUCCUCUACCAGCAAGUGGGGGUAGCCUUUCUGGGAGGCUUGGCCAUGGCGCUGCUGCUUGUGCCCAUCAACAAGGUUGUAGCUAACUGCAUCAUGAUGAACAACCGGGAGAUGCUGAAACACAAGGACGUACGGGUCAAGCUAAUGACAGAGUUCCUACGUGGCAUUCGUGUCAUCAAGUUUUACACCUGGGAGAAGCACUUCAGCACCAGGAUAAACGCCUGCCGGGCCAAAGAGCUGCAGAAGUUACGAGCCAUCAAGUACUUGGAUGCUCUGUGUGUAUAUCUGUGGGCAGCAAUGCCUGUUGUUAUCUCCAUUGUCAUCUUCAUCACCUACGUUCUGUUGGGUCACCAGCUCACUGCCACAAAGGUGUUCACAGCAUUGGCUCUUGUCGGGUUGCUUAUUCUUCCCCUCAAUAACUUCCCGUGGGUGUUGAAUGGAACAUUGGAAGCCAAAGUUUCCCUGGAUCGAAUCCAGCGUUUCCUUGAUCUCAUGGACCAGGACCUGGAAGCUUAUUAUGCCCCAGAUAGCCCUUCAGAUACUGCCACUGCCGUGGAAAUGCAAUGUUCAACCUUCUCAUGGGUACCAUCUGAGGAGGAAAGCACCAGGCAGCAGUUAUCCACAGGCACUCUGCAACUGUACAUUGAGAACCUGUCAGUGAGAAAGGGAAUGCUCCUGGGGGUUGUUGGGAAGGUCGGCUCUGGCAAAAGCUCUCUGCUUGCAGCCAUCACUGGAGAGCUCAUUAAACAAAGUGGACGAGUGUAUGUUUGUGACCUGGAGCAAGGGUUCGGUCUGGCCACACAGGAGCCUUGGAUACAGUUUACCACCAUCCGUGAGAACAUCCUUUUUGGGCGGGAAUAUGAUGCCAGGCUGUACAAGGAGGUGGUGGAGGCCUGUGCCCUCUCGGAAGACCUGAACAUUUUUCCAGCAGGUGACCAGACAGAGGUGGGUGAAAAUGGUGUGAUGCUCAGUGGGGGACAGAAGGCUCGAAUAGCACUUGCCAGAGCUGUUUACCAGGAGAAAGAGCUUUAUCUCCUUGAUGAUCCCCUGGCUGCUGUUGAUGCAGACGUGGCCAACCACCUUAUGCAGAAAUGCAUUCUUGGAGUUCUCAAACACAAGACCAGGAUCCUUUGCACUCACAGGACGGAGUUUUUGGAGAAGGCUGAUGCCUUGUUGUUGAUAGACAACGGCAGGAUAGUUAAGACAGGCACACCAGCUGAUAUCCUGCCACUCGUGGAAGCUUUCCCCAAGUUCAAGGAUAUGGACAGGAGGCAGAAGAAGAAAGCCCCUGAUGAACAGGGCCGAGAAGAGGCUAUAGAGACAGAGGCAGAAGAAUCAACCCAAAACAAUCACCUCACCCACAAGGAGGAAGAUAAGAAGGAAGGGGCAGUGGCUUUUCAGGUGUACAAGGCAUAUUGGCUGGCAGUGGGCAGCUGCUUGGCAUCAUCCAUUCUGUUCUCUCUGCUCCUGAUGCAAGCAUCCAGAAAUGUCUCAGAUUGGUGGCUGUCACACUGGAUCUCCAGCAUAUCCCAGACAGCAAAUACCUCUGUAAUGGUCUCCUCGGUUUCCCUGCCUUCCCCAGAGCUGCUUCUCUUCUCCACUGCUGGACUUGUCUCCCCCGUUCAGACUCUGGACACCACCUCAGUCCCUUCCAAUGGCUCACUGGACGUGAAUUUCUACGUGAUGGUUUAUGGGAGCCUCGCAGGGGCCAACUCCCUCUUCACCAUUCUCCGGGCCUUCCUCUUCGCUUACGGCGCUAUCCACGCGGCCACUGUCGUUCACAGCCGGCUGCUCCAGAGGGCUCUAAAGGCCACAGUCACCUUCUUUGACACCACACCAGCAGGCCGGAUCCUGACCCGCUUCUCCUCAGACCUUUACUGUGUGGAUGACAGCCUGCCAUUUGUCCUCAACAUUUUCCUGGCCAACAUAUAUGGGCUCUUGGGCAUGCUGGUGAUGAUCACCUAUGGCCUCCCUUGGAUUGGUCUGGUCUUACUCCCUCUGGGUGCCCUUUACUUCUCCAUCCAGCGCUAUUACCGGCGCACAUCCCGGGAGCUCAAGCGCCUCUACAGUGUGACCCUGUCUCCCAUUUACACUCACUUCUCAGAGACCCUCUCGGGACUGAGCAGCAUCAGAGCCAUGCGGGCAACGCAGCGGUUUGAGCUGGAGAACCGGCUGCGCCUGGAGCAGAACCAGCGGUGCCUUUUUGCCAGCAACACGGCCAUGCAGUGGCUGGACAUCCGCUUGCAGAUGAUUGGGGUCGCUGUGGUUACUGCUAUUGCAGGAAUUGCCAUCGUCCAGCACCAGAAGCAACUGGGAAAUCCAGGACUUGUGGGCCUGGCACUUUCAUAUGCCCUGUCUGUCACAAACCUGCUCUCAGGCCUUAUUUCCAGCUUCACUAUGACAGAGACCAUGAUGGUAAGUGUGGAGCGGACAGAAGAAUACACCACAGACAUCCCCACAGAGCCCCAGGAUAAACUGGUCCAGGUUGCUCCUGACUGGCCAAGCCAGGGCCUUGUGGAGUUCCAGGAAGUGGUCCUGGCCUAUCGAGAAGGCUUGCCUAAUGCACUUGAUGGUGUGAGCUUCUCCAUUUGCCCUGGAGAGAAGGUGGGGAUCGUGGGCCGCACAGGAUCUGGAAAAUCCACCCUCUUCUUGGCCCUUUUCCGCAUGCUGGAGCUGAAAUCAGGCCGGAUUCUCCUGGAUGGUGUUGACAGCCAGAUGGUGGGCUUGGAGGAGCUGAGAUCUAGGCUGGCCAUCAUCCCCCAGGAUCCGUUUUUGUUUAGUGGCUCAGUCAGAGAGAACCUGGACCCUGAGGGAAAACGGACAGAUGCUGAGCUCCACAAGGUGCUAGAGCAAUGCCACCUGCAGGAUGCUGUUACUCAGAUGGGUGGAUUGGACAGCAAGCUUGGAGAGAGUGGAAAGAGCCUGUCCCUGGGACAGAGGCAGCUGGUGUGUCUGGCAAGAGCCCUCCUGACACAGGCCAAGGUGCUGUGUAUCGAUGAGGCCACAGCCAGUGUGGAUCAGAAGACAGACCAGCUGCUGCAGCAGACCAUCCGCCAGCGCUUCGCUGACAAAACUGUUUUGACAAUUGCUCACAGGCUGAACACCAUCUUGGACUCAGACCGUGUGCUGGUGAUGCAGGCUGGGAGAGUGGCAGAGCUGGAUUCACCCGCUCGCCUGAGCGAGAAGGACGGGUCCUUGUUCCAGCACCUCCUGCACAGCGGGCAGCAGUGACCUCCCUCCUCAGAAGAGCCCAGGCAGCCCUCUGGGCUCUGUGCCUGGACCUCCUCUCACCUCAGCCACCAGCCCUGUCCCUGCAGGUCCAGGAACUGCUGAGGUGAGGGAAGGGGUUACUUCUGCCUGCAGACAGCAACUGUGUGUCCUCAAGAGACUCCUGGAGCAUGCCACUGCAACCUUUCCUUUAGCAGGAAGAUGAGACCUGGUGUUCAGG